AUGGACUCAGGAAUUACAGAUAAUAUUCGACGUCGGAAACGAAGAGAACUUACAGCAGGACAAAAACAAGAAAUUGUUGAAGCAUUUGACCUUUUUGAUACAGAUAAAGACCAACAAAUCAGUUAUUAUGAAUUCAAGGUUGCACUUCGAGCACUUGGAUUUGAGUUAAAAAAACAAGAGGUUCUAAAAACUUUGGAGGACUACAACAUCAAAGAAGACUCUGGAAAACUACGAUUUGAAGAUUUUAAUGAAAUAGUGACAGAUAUGAUUUUAGACAGGGAUCCUGUCACGGAAAUGGUACGAGCCUUCAAACUGUUCGAUGAAGAUGAUUCUGGAAAAAUCACUUAUCGUAAUCUAAAAAAGAUCUCCAAAAUUUUACCCUGAAGGAUGCUGUAAAGACAUUUUUAUAUACAAUAAUUUAUGAAGUUGUUGGUUGGAUUUGAUUAAAAAAACAUAAUUGAAAAUAUUUACAGACGUAAUCUUUAAUUUAUAUUGUUUUAUUUUCAUGAAAUCAUUCGUCAUAACUCAUAUUUUCACAUCAUCUAGUUAUAAUUAUGUACUUUCUUUAAUUGUCAA